AUGGUUCAUUCCUCAAAUGAAAACAAAUGUAUUCAUCAAAAUAUUAGUGAAACGAUUGUCAAUGGGAAUGGGCAAAAACUGGCCGUCGUACUUGGCGUACAAUCAUUAACAUAUUUUGAGCUACUUCAUUACACACAACAGCUUUCGUUGCAUUUGAUCGAAAAUUAUCAAGUUCAACCACAGCAAAUUGUUUGUCAAUGUGUUGAACGAUCGAUCGAAAUGGUAAUUGGCAUGAUUUCGAUUAUGAUGUGUGGUGCGAUAUAUUGUCCUCUGAGUCCAAGUGACCCCAGAGAGCGACUUUUAUCUCUGAUUCAUCAGGUCCAUUCAACCGUUGUACUUGUUCACGAUCAAACAAAAGCAAUUUUUUUUGCUUCUGAAAAUGAUUUCUAUACAGUUGACAUUGAAAAUCAACAAAAAUGGAGAUCAUUGAUUGGCGAUGAUGAUUUCCGUUUACUUUCAAACGUAUCAAUAGAUAUUAAUGAUAUUUCUUAUAUAAUAUUUACAAGUGGCUCAACUGGUGCUCCCAAAGCUGUGAGUAAAUUUCUUUGA